CUCAAUCGCAAGUGUUGAGUCUCACCAAGCUCCUCGUGGUUCUCCCUAGGUCGUCCUCACUUGUGCUUCUUUGCCAAUUGACCUUGUCAAGCUCAAUUGACUUCUCCGAAAUGCGUUUCACAACCCCCCUCGUCGCCGGCCUUGCCGCCGUGAGCCCCGUCGUUGCCGCGCCGAGCUACAGCAGCAAGAACCUCGUGCAGCCCAUCACGCAGAUCGAGCUUGGCCCGCGUCCCUACUACCUCGUCAACGACAUGGCGGAGGGCGAUCUCAAGAAGAAGCUCCAGUCAUGCUCCAACAUGAAGAUGAAGCGGUCCGACUGGUCCAUUGGCCACCGCGGCGGUGCUGCCCUCCAGUUCCCCGAGCACUCUCGCGAGUCUGCCCUUGCCGGUGCUCGUAUGGGCGCCGGAAUCCUCGAGUGCGACGUCGCCUUCACCAAGGACCGCGAGCUUGUGUGCCGCCACAGCCAGUGCGACUUGCACACGACGACCAACAUUGUCAACAUCCCUGAGCUCAACGCCAAGUGCACGCAGCCUUUCAAGGCCGCAGCCAACGGCCAAGCGGCGUCUGCCAAGUGCUGCACCAGCGACAUCACUCUCAAGGAGUUCAAGUCGCUGUGCGCAAAGAUGGACGGCUUCAACGCCACCGCCACCACGACCAAGGACUUCCUCGCCGGAACCAAGAACUGGCGAACCGACCUAUACGCCACCUGUGGAACCGUCCUCAGCCACAAGGAGCACAUUGCUCUGGUGGACGGCCUGGGCCUCAAGUUUACCCCGGAGCUGAAGACUCCCGAGGUCGCGAUGCCCUUCCAGGGCGACUACACCCAGGAGAUGUACGCGCAGCAGUUCAUCGAUGACUACAAGAAGAUGGGCAUCAAGCCAUCGCGCGUGUGGCCCCAGAGCUUCCUGUACGACGACAUCCUGUACUGGCUCAAGCACGAGCCCAAGUUCGCCAAGCAGGCCGUCUACCUCGACGAGACGGGAGACACCCCGGAGACCUUCGCCACUGCCGUCCAGAACCUCACCCGUUACGCCAAGGACGGUGUCCGCAUCGUGGCCCCCCCUCUGAACUACCUCGUCACGGGCAAGAAGGGCAAGAUUGUCCCCAGCGCGUACGCCAAGAAGGCCAAUAAGCUUGGUCUCGACAUCAUCUCGUGGAGUCUCGAGCGAUCGGGCCCUCUGGCCAACGGUGCUAACGGCGACUACUACUAUAGCUCCAUCACCGAUGUUGUCGACAACGACGGCGAUAUGUACGAGCUGGUGGAUGUGCUCUGGCGCCAGAUUGGAAUCAUUGGUCUCUUCUCUGACUGGAGUGCCACUGUCACCUAUUAUGCCAACUGCUUUAAGAUUAAGAUUUGAAGUAGAGGCAGAAUGAUUGAUGCGAAGGAGAGCUAAAGGAUGAGCCGAGCUGAAGUGAUGAUACGCUGGACUGACGAGUUGGAUCCGGCCCGAUAAUAUGUAAAUAGUAAUGAUAGAGAUGACCAUGAAUGUCAAGAGCAUCUACCCCAAAGCGAACCAUGGGGUUGGCCGUUGUGUCGUGAUCCUUGCG